CGCGUGCGUCAGCUGAGCGCCGAGGCAAGCGGCAUCAUGGCGGCGUCCACUCUCGGCGUGCGCUGCGCCCUGCGGAGAGCGAUGGUCCCGUCGCUGGUGGUGAUUCUCGGGGCCACCGGCACCGGCAAGUCCAAGCUGGCGAUGGAGGUCGUGAAGCGGCUUCAGGGGGAAAUAAUCAGCGCCGACUCCAUGCAGGUGUACAAGGGCCUCGACAUCAUCACGAAUAAGGUGACCGCCGAGGAGCUGGCCCAGUGCAGACAUCACAUGAUCGGCUUUGUGGACCCGCUGGUCAGCGGCUACACGGUGGUGGACUUCAGGAACAAAGCCCUGACGCUCAUAGAGGACAUGCACAGCAGAAACAAACUACCAGUCAUUGUUGGAGGGACAAAUUAUUACAUUGAGUCUCUGCUGUGGAAAGUCUUGUUGGACACCGGGCAGGAGAGCGAGGAGGCCGAUGGAGGAGAAGAAGCUUCGAAAAGGAAGUUAGAGCUGGAAAAGCUGGAAGGAUCCGAGUUACACAAACGACUGGCGGAGGUGGACCCCAAAAUGGCGGCCACGUUGCACCCCAAUAACAAACGCAGGAUUGCCAGGAGCCUUCAAAUUCACGAGGAUACAGGCAUCCCUCAUAGCCACUGGUUGGAGGAGCAGAGGGGGCAGGAGGGAAGCAGUGAACUGGGGGGGCCACUGAGGUACCCGGACCCAUGCAUUUUCUGGCUGCAUGCCGAUAUGGAGGCACUCGACAAGAGGCUGGAUGCUCGCGUGGAUGAGAUGUUGUCCGCGGGACUGAUCGAGGAGCUCAGGGACUUCCACGUGCGCUUCAAUCAGCAGAAAGUCCAGGAUGACAGCCAGAGCUACCAGCAUGGGAUUUUCCAGUCGAUUGGUUUCAAGGAGUUUCAUGACUACCUGACCGCUCCUGAAAGCAGCACCCAGCAGGAGAGAGACUCACUUCGAGACACAGGUAUAGAAGCUGUGAAGAUUGCUACAAAGCGUUAUGCCCGCAAACAGAAUAAGUGGGUCCGGAACCGCUUCCUUAAACGACCUGGAGACAACGUGCCUCCAGUGUACGGCCUGGAUGUGACGGACGUGUCGCGGUGGGAGGAGACGGUGCUGAACCCUGCACUGCAGAUACUGGACAGUCUCUGUAAGGGUGAAGAGCCGACCGUUCCACCAAUCAGAGUGCAGGAGGCGGGACAGAAAAACAAACGGAAUCUGCGCGUGUGCGAUCUGUGCGACAAAGUCAUCCUCGGUGACCUGGAGUGGACGGCUCACCUGAAGUCUAAGAAGCAUCACUAUCACGUGAGGAAGAAGAGGAAGACUGACCCCGCCUGUGACCAGAUCACUGCAGGAGACGAGACGUUCUCAGAGGACGCCGUUGCUUCCCAGGACGCCAGGACGACGCACGAGGAAAUACCGGUGACACUUUAGUAACUGCACUGACUCUGGGGCACACACAUGUUUAUUCAGGCUUCCAGCAGGUGGAGGUUUCCUCGUAGGCUUUAAAGAAGCGCGGAUCUUUUUGUUUAGCCGUUACAUGAGAGGAACUCCGGGGGAAGCCUGCACUUGAGAUACCAUCAAGUACCCGCCUCCCCACUGAGCUCCAUUAGUUCCUCCAAAUCCUAAUUUGUCAAAGCGCUUAAAAUUCAAAAGGCUGAAAGCUCCUCCAGCUCUGCAAAUUCAUAACGCGGAUCCUUUCUGAAUGUGGAUUAUAAUGGACAUAUCUAAGACUCUCUACGUGCUCCACGUUUUCCAUUACUGUGUACUUAGGCAUUUAGAUGAUUUCUUAAAGAAUUUAUAUUUUUAGUGCCUGUAACUGAAAUGGUGACCUUUCACCCUGUUGGUACGGACUGGAUCUUCCAUUUCAGGCAUUUUUGUUCCCUCUCUCUUGGUGUUCCGUUCACUUUAACAAUAAAUGAAUACACACCAGGUCAAAGGAUCUGAUAUUUUCCUCAACCAGUGAAGGAAUGUGAUGUCACUGCAUGAACGACACGAGAGGUUUUCACAUGGCAUCGGCGCCGCUUUCACCUUUAUCCCACUGGCAUCUUUACACAGCACAAGCACUCUGUUCUGUUUGCCUGCCGCCACCCUCUUUUACUCUCAUUAAACACAUUUUUCUCCGA